GACAGUUAGCGGAUGUUCCCUCCGUCAGAGCGCGCGGACUUCUGGGUAGUGUAAAGGUGCAGGCAGCACAACACGCCGCGGUGGGAAAAAAAAAAGACCGUAGCUUCCGCAGUUUGUUUCCGCACAAGUGUACGCUGGUGGCAUGUUGAACGCUUUCUUCGUGUCCUAACAAAGAUAACUAACGUCACGUUAGCGCCGCUCGUCCACUCCUUCGGUUUAAAAGGCGCAACAUGAGUCUGAACGAGCACUCACUGCAAGCACUCUCCUGGAGGAAGCUGUACCUGAGCCGGGCUAAACUGAAGGCUUCAAGCCGGACAUCAGCCCUGCUUUCUGGAUUUGCCAUGGUGGCUAUGGUAGAAGUGCAGCUGGACAACAGCUAUCCUUACCCACCUGCUCUCCUUAUUGCCUUCAGUGCCUGCACCACUGUGCUCGUGGCUGUCCACCUGUUCGCUCUGAUGGUCAGCACCUGCAUUUUGCCCAACAUAGAGGCCGUCAGCAACGUCCACAAUCUCAACUCCGUGAAGGAGUCUCCGCACGAGCGAAUGCACCGACACAUUGAACUGGCGUGGGCUUUUUCUACAGUCAUUGGUACUUUGCUCUUCCUAGCCGAAGUGGUUCUACUCUGCUGGGUCAAAUUUUUGCCCAUUAAGCCCAACAAGUCCAGCAAUAAUACAGUUUCAUCUGGUGUGGCAGCUGCUAUUACGUCCACCUCUAUUAUGGUCCCCUUUGGUUUAGUCUUCAUAGUGUUCGCUGUGCAUUUCUACCGCUCCUUGGUCAGCCACAAGACUGACAGACAGUUUCAGGAGCUUGAGGAGCUAUCUAAUCUCACUCGGCUACAGAACGAGCUGGACAACAGAGGGGAGUCGUCCAUCUUGCAGUCUCCGAGCUCACAUUUCCCAUAGACAAGUAUAACGGAUACACAUCUAUGGUGGACUACUUGGGAUUUCUCCAAGCCAGAAGCUGCAAUAUUGGCUUCUGAUUUUUUACAGGAAUGAUGAUGUCUCACCUCUUUGUCGUGAAAUUUACUUUUGUGAAGAGUUUGUAUUUUUUAGAAAAAAACAUGUUUGGAUCAACUGUGAACUCACAAAUCUGCCAUAGUGCAUGUAACUUGAAAUUGGAAAAAAGUCUUAACUGUGAUAGUUGCUUGAUUUAUCAUCUGAACAAUAAUGGAAAUCUGUCUGUUGCCUGCUGCGUCGUUUAGUUACCCGUUUUGUCAGUGAACACUGUUGAUAUAUAUAUAUAUAUUGGCUUGUUGUGUUUUGUAAACCACAAGUAUUUAACCCUCCUUGUUCACUGUGUACAUGAUUUCUCGUAACGUUCACCAUUUGUAAUUGUAAUGCCUGCCAUUUGCGAAGACUGACUGGACGGCAGCCAAACUACAGUAUUAUAAAAAAGAAAUUUGACUGACAUCUGUAGCACAGGCUGUGGUGUUAAAAUAAACAGAUUUUUACCAAGUCACAA